CUGCGUGACUGUCGCCUGACACAGAGCGGACACACCUGCUCUUCCCUUUUGUUUUACCUCCUCCCCAAAACAUGACCCGGCUCGGCUCCUGUACCCGUCGCUGUGAAGGCCACCGUUAUUCUAGCAGCUGCUUCGAGGGUGAAUAAAACAAACACAUCGCCCCUCCCGUCUCCCGUGAGUCUUUAACGGCUGACAGUUGGAAGCAUCACGCCCUACCUGACGCUGCUCCCUUCGGCCUCCUCUUCAUCCUCCUCCUGCUCCUCCUCAUCAUCAUCAUCAAACUCACCUCCUGUGUGGCGGCCGGCUCCGGGAACAGGUCCUCCGCGUCCUCUAGCUCCUCGAAGUCGCAUGGAGGCUAACGCGGAGGCUGAGCGGCGUCUGUCUGCGGAGGAGGACGAGCUGGAGUUCGAGUUCGACAACAUGACUGUUAAAGAAUCCUCAGAACCUCUGCAGAACGUCCAGACCACUCAGACGGAGAGCGUGACACGGGACUCCGCUGUCAACACAGACCCAGACUGGGAGGGUCAGGUGGCGGCCAUGUUGGAAUCCAGCAUCACUUUGUCGGAGCAGUACGAGCUUCUGAAGAAGGAGCAGAAGGAGGCGAAGUUGGCAGAGGAGAAAGCCAAACAACAACUGCAGAGGAAGAAGGAGGAGGUCGUUCGUAGCAACAAGAGUCUGUCAGAAAAACUGGAGUCUGUUCAAGUAAAACUGCAGCUGAACAACUCCAAACACGCCAAGAAGAAGUUCCUGGCCAAAAACCAAGAGUUGACGGCCGAGAAGAACCGAGCGGAGGAGGAGAAGAGCAGGUUGGCCAACGAGCUGGAGGAGAGCGAGAGGAAGCUGAAGGCUCUCACAGAGGAGCAAAACGAGGAGCAGUGCAGGUGGCAGGAGGAGCUGGAGGAGUUACGGCGGGAGAUGCAGCUCGCCAGGAAGAAGGCGGAGGAGGCCGAGCUAGAGGCGUUGCAGAACGAGAAAGCCGCAGUGGAAAAGCAGCGGGACGUCGCCAUGACCCACAUCGAGGCCUGGUACAAAGAGCUGAGUCAGUAUCUGGACACGCUGCGGGAGGAGUUUCCUCAAGGGUAUCCUCACGAGAAGCAGCGGUGGGACAAAAUGGAGGCCGUGGUCCGGAGAAACCAGCACGAGCUCCAGAGCCGCUUCCAGGAAGUUCUGCAGCAGCUGCAGAAUGGUCGGGAGUUAGAGACCCUCCCCAGGAUCAAUGUCCCGUUGCUGCCGCAGGUCCCCACGGCUGACCUCAGGUUCAGUCAGGUGAUGCAGACCUUCCCUCCAGCUCCUCAUCCGGUCCAACAGCCCGUCCCUGCACACAGAUACCCACACUUCCAUCAGGAUCAGUACCAGUUCAUGCACCAACCCCAGUACCAGCAGUACUACCAGCACCCGUCACCUGAACAGUACUUGGUACCGCAGCCUCUCCACCAGCUCCCGCCACACGUCAGACCCCCGCUGAGUGUGACUCCUCCCUCCAGUCUCUCCCCCUCCCCCUCCCCUCCCGUUCAGCCAGUCCACCCUGGUGGUACCAGCGGCAGCGCCCCCACUGGUACACUACAAAAGGUCCUGGAGAGGCUGAGGGCUCGUUACCCGCAGUACAACGAGGACCAGCUGACCCAGCUGCUCCGGCAGGUGAAGAAUUCCCGAGGCACUUUAGCCGGGAUGUCUGUGAAGGAGAUCAUCGAGGAGGCUGGACUCAUACUGUCCAGGUCCACCCCUGGAACCAGCGGUAGGACCACCACCCCAGAUCCAAACCAGGGGAACCAUGGGAACCUGGCAGCCGGCGGAGGUGGAGGUGGAGGCGGGGGGGUCUGUAAACCCUGCCUGGUCUGUCAGAACCCUGUGAGUCCCGACAGCCUCCACCCACUCAGCUGCUCCCACACCAUCCACAAAAAAUGUAUCCAGGUGUGGCUGAGUUUCAGCCUGGACAACUCCUGUCCCUUCUGUCCGUCCAAGUGAGGGACAGCAUCUCCCUUCGACAUAGAGUUUUGUUAUUAUAAUGGUUUGAACCAAAGAUUCGACGAUUGCACAUCAUGAUGUGAGUGACCGGAGCCAAGGCUGGCUAACGCUAACAGCAGGCUAACUAGCAACUAGACAGUUGUUGCUGCAGUCACAGUUAAACAUGUUAUGAUAAUAUUUAUAUUUUUUCACUAAUGUGUAAUUAUUGUCAGUUUGACGUCCAAAUACAGUUCAAAAGUUCAAUAAAAUCAAAUUCGCGAAC